GCCGUGUGGCCGCGGCCGCUGGCCCCCGAGGCCGGUGGGCCGAGCCGGAGGAGCUCUUAAGGGCCGAGCCCGGUGAUGAGGAAGGUUCUCAAGAGGUUUCCGGGGAGAGAGGCGGGGCUGGGGGGCCGUGGCUUCGCUUCGAAAGGCAGACUUGCCCCUGUCGUGCGGCGAAGGAGCGGAGUUAGCAGGGGUUAGCAGGGCGCCAGGACGCUGCCUGGGGGGCUUCAGACCCCGCGGGGACCGAGGCGGGCGCGCUGCGGGCCGCCCGGGAGCGCUGCGGAAGGCAGUGUGCGGGCCGGGGCUCAGGCGUCCCGUCAGCGCACCGAGGCGGUGCAGGGAAUGAGUGUCUCAUUUCAGAAAGUUGAGGGAAGCCUCCUUCAAGGGACGUCGUCUUUGUGGUAGUUUUUCUCCUUUAGGUGGGGCACCGUUAGCUUUUGUGCUUUUCAGCCCCGCGCUUUCAGAGCACCUGUAGACCGCCAUCUAUACUAGUGCAAGGUGUCUAGCCAAGGUGUACGCGCCCCUGGUGUAAAGUGUGGCAUAGAAGGGUUUUUCUGAAUGAGAGUUCUGACCUGCUAGGAGACAGUGAAAGUACCACUUGAAAAACCACUUCCCUGGUUCGGAAGGGUGAUGGUGAAACGGGCGGCCUUCCAGUGAAGGAAAGACCAUGAGUUUCCAGUUGGUUCUCAUACUUGGUUGCCGUUCUGUCACUGUGUCUGUGCACACGCAUAAAGGACGGUAUUCCUGUUUUGAAGUUUUAGAUAGUCUUUUUUUCUGUCUGUUAAAAUUACACUUAGUACCAACUGCUUGUUUAAAUUCUGUUUAAGGUUAGAGCUUGGGUGGAGAUACAAAAUAUCAGGUGUUGAGUUUACCUGACCCAUAGUAUUUUGAGUGAAUCUGGUAAAUGCAAAAAACAAAACACAAGAUCAUUAAUACAAGUGGGUUUGAGUGCAUUCUUUCACACUACACAUGAAACUGUCAGUUUUCUCUUCUGAGAGAAUCAGUGGGUUGUUGCAGUACUAAAAUGAUCAAAUCGCAUAGCUGAACACAUGGGAAAAAUAACUUUUUAUUAUUUAGCAGAAAACUUAUAGCCCAGCUUUGAUUAAAGAUGACUUCCUUGUUCACUCAAGAAGUUCACCUUUCUAAAAGACAUGAAGAAAUAGUAUCACAAAGAUUAAUGUUACUUCAGAAAAGGAAGAAUAAUUUUGGAGAUCAAAACACAGAAAGGGCAUGUCUUCUCCAAGCCACUGAAACUGCUUCAAAAAGGAACCUCAGUCUCUUGCAGACUCGUUACUGGGCAUCAGUAGAAGAACAUGUCCCCAAAUGGGAACAGUUCCUUUUAGGCAGAGCACCAUAUCCGAUUGGUGGCGAAAAUGAAAAUGAGGCAGGAAACACCGUUCAAAAUGAGAUGAAGUGAUAACUCGUUCAUAUGUUACUCAGAAAACAAAAACAAAAUCCAAAAACAAUUGUUUGAUAAAACUCUGUAAGUCGUGGCAGGAACUUGAGGGAGUAAUGUGCUUUGUUUGUCUCAUUAUUGUCAGUCUGAGAGCCACUGACAGGUCUCAGGUUAGACCACUGCAGGGUCGGUCUGAGAGCCACUGACAGGUCUCAGGUUAGACCACUGCAAGGUCGGUCUGAGAGCCACUGACAGGUCUCGGGUUAGACUACUGCAAGGUCGUAGAUUUGCAAUGAAAGGGUUAAAAGCUAAUGCUAAGACAGAAUGUUUGUUAAAGAUGGUAUUAAAGCAGUGCUGUGUGUGUUAAACAUUCAGCCUCAUUACACCCUG